CCCUCGGCUGAUAUCGACAGCACGCUGGCAGAUUUCCUGGCGGAGAUCGAUGCCAUCACGGCCCCUCCCGACACGCAGUGCUCGCUGGCGGGGGUGGGGGAGCUGGAGAUGGGUGAUUGGCAGGAGGUGUGGGACGAAAACACCGGCUGCUACUAUUAUUACUGGAACACCCAAAGCAACGAGGUGACCUGGGAGCUGCCACAGUACCUGGCGACGCAGGUCCAGGGCCUGCAGCACUACCAGCACAGCAGCACCGUGGCGGGUGCCAACGGCAGCUUUGUAGCAACCACGGAGCUGUACCCCCAGGAGCCCGUGGCGGGUUCCAACGGCAGCUUUGUAGCAACCACGGAGCUGUCCCCCCAGGAGAAGGGAACGGCCCCGGGCAGCGCUGGCCGUGGGGCCAACCUCACCAAGCGGGAGGUGAAGAAGGAAGUGAACGAGGGCGUGCAGGCCCUCUCCAACAGCGAGGAGGAGAAGAAGGGGGUGGCCGCGGCUCUCUUGGCACCGCUCCUUCCCGACGUGGUGAAGGAGGAAGAGGAGCGCUGGCGGAGAAAAGUGAUCUGCAAAGAGGAGGUUGAGCCGCCCCCAGAAGAGGAGGCGAAAGCGGAAGAGACAGCGGGUGCCUCUGAAGAGCCAGAACCUGUCGGGGAUCCCCUGGAAGACACGCUGCAGGAGGAUCUGUGCAGCGUGGUGCAGUCGGGGGAGAGCGCUGAGGAAGAGGAGGAGCAAGACACCCUCGAGCUGGAGAUGGUGCUGGAGAGGAAGAAGGCAGAGCUGCGUGCCUUGGAGGAAGGUGACGGCAGCGUUUCAGGCUCCAUCCCCGAGGGGAGCCAGUCGGCCUCGCAGGAUGCCACCCGCAGGCUGGCCUCUAAGCGAGGGAAAUGGAAACUGUUUGUUGGAGCUGCCAGCCCUGAAUCCGCAAGUCGAGGCUCCAGCAAAACGGGCCGGGACAGCCCGGAAGCGGGAGAAGCAGCGGCGAGCACGGAAGCAGCCAAUGCAAAUUCGGACAAAGAGGCAGAGCCUGAGGAGCCCCAGGAGAAAGCAAAAGUCCAAGGGGCACCAAAAAUCGAAGAGGAGGAGCAGGACCUAAAGGUACGGAGGCGCAGAGUCCCCUGGCACGUUCAGUCCCGUUUCCAGGCUGAAGACUCCUCGUCCGUAAUCUCUGUGUCUGGAGGCUGCCGGUACCUGUCGCUGCCCUUCUUCAGCGUCACUUUUUGA